CUCCUCUCCUUCUCAUUUCUGUUGUGUUUAUUUAUGUCGAAUUAUAUGGAAUCUCGUCAACAAAAUUGAUUCAGCCCUAAAAUUUGCUGUUUUUUUUUUAUGGCUUCUCUUUCAGUGAUUAUUCGGUGUGUAAUUAAUUUGGUUAAUUUUGUGGAAUUUCAUGAAAUUAGGUACUUUAAUUGUUUGCAGUUGCUAGCAAAUACAGAGGAGAAAUUUUAAACUAUAUCUGUGCGCCUAUUUCAGGCUUGUAUGAUUUUCUCUGAUUGGGGCUUCAAUUCGCUGAUGUUUACAAUGUGGGCGUGUGAUUUCAGUAGCAGAUAUGAUUUCCUUAUUUGCAGGAUUUUUUUAUUUUUAUUUUUUUUAGGGUUUAUAAAUGAUGAUAUACAUUUCAUAUAAUGGGUAUGUUUGUUUAAUCUAGUGCUCUUCUAUUUCAAUCGAAAAUUUUAAUGCUCUAGGUUUAGGUAAGUCUAAACUUGGGUGUCCUAUGAAAUCCAUGCUUGCAAGGAUGACAGGAUUUGUCAAGUUUCGUUUCCGAUUAUUUCUGGAUGUUAGUUGGAAUCUGUUUUGUAGUGUAUAUAAUCAUCUGUAAAUGCAAUAUUUUCUUGUAGUGGAUAUGGAAGAUGCAUUAGAUCGUGGCAAUGGGAUGAUAGAAGCAUCUGUAGUCGGUGAAGUUACAUCAUAUCAAGCUGACAUAAACAUAGAAAACACAGAACCAUAUGAAGGCAUGACGUUCGAAUCGGAUUCUGCUGCUAGAGCUUACUACGAUAACUAUGCUGGGCGUGCGGGGUUUUUAACCCGUGUUUUAUCAUCCCGUAAAUCGGAGCGUGAUGGAUCCAUUAUAUCACGUGGACUAGGAUGCAGGAACAUUCUUAAUGCUCAAAAGGCGUGUAAUAUCUCCAAUGAAGUGGGCGAAAAACGGAGGGAUGGUUGUACUGCAAUGCUCUUGAUAAAGAGAGAGAACGGAGGGAGGUGGGUUGUACGGAAGUUUGUUCGAGACCAUAACCAUCCUUUGGUAGCUUCAUUACCUAAGAGACGCCCCACUUAUGACGAGAAAGAUAAAAGAAUACAAGAGUUAACUGCAGAACUCCGAAUAAAGAAACGUCUAAGUGCUGCGUAUAGGGAGCAGCUACUUAUUCUCAUGAAAGACGUUGACAGUCAUAAUGACCAUUUAACAUCCAAAGUACAAAUCAUCCGUAAUAAUCUUAAGGAACUUGAAGCGACAAGGCAGGAGCUUUCACUCCACAAUAAACCGAGCUUAUAAGGUUACCAAAAAUCAUCGAUCAGUGGAGUUGCAAUAGUAAGGCUGUGAAGAGAAGGCAAAUUCGAGCUUGUUUUUGUUUUUGCUUGCUUGGUAUAAAUCCAAGCAUUUGAGCUGAAAAAUCUCAAACUAAUUGCUUCAUAAACCCACACUGUAUAGCAAGUAUUAGAAAGAAACAUUGGGGGCCCGGUUUUUAAGAAUGUGCUGACGAGGCAAAGAAGAAAUGAAUAUUAUGCUGGUUGAGGAUAACGCAUACAACGAAGUAUGAAGUGAUUUGUGGAGCAACUGUUGGAUACAAGUUCCUGAACAACAAGAGCUUCUGAGAUUGCAAUUCAGGUAAGAUUCAGAACAUUGCACUCCCUUUUACAGUUUACAUUAUUUGGAUCGGAAGAGCCUUCCUUUUUUUUUUUGAAGUAUUGCAAUUUAUGUAUAUAAUGUGUCGUAGGACAAAAAGUUUAGCUCAAAGAACACCAGAUGAAAUGAACAGAGUAGAAGUUGUAGUGUACCUUGCGAUUGCUCUCUCUAUCCGUGCCAUGUUCAUUUUUGAUACAAUCAACGAGAUUAAAAAUUUCAAUAUUCUUAAACAUUGAACCCGUGAUAUUUAGUAUUUGAAAUUAAGUUCUGAAUUAGUGGAUGCAGCACGAUUAUGUAUUUCGUCCUUAAUUGUUACAUUAAUCAUUGCACUGGAAUUCUUUUUUUCCCUAGAUUUAUUGGUUUUAUUUAAGAAAAAAGAAAGGACAUAUUAUUUAACGAAAAAUGAAGAUAUACAUUUAUUUAUUUGGAAUUGUAAUAUGUUCAUCGAAAUAUUGUUUCACUAAUUUUUGAAUUGUCGAACAAAAUCACGAAACAAAAUCGUAUACUAGAGAAACAAUUAAUUCUAGUUUUUGAUAGUACAAUCAUGCCAUAAUCAUUCUGAUAAUUAUUAAUAAUUAUUUAAAGUGCAUGCUAGAGAAUAUUCUUUACUCUUUCACUCUCCUUAUAAAAAGGUGACAGUAAUAUUAUGCUGUUACACAUCUAAUUAUUUUAUUUUAUCUUGAAUUAUAAUGAACAAAAAAUGAUUCAAAUUAACAAGAAUUUCUUGUUUAUAGGUAUUGCAGUAGGAUUAUCCGCAGUUAUAUGUUUCGUUAUCUGUUUUUUAUGUUGUUGUGUAAGAAGGAGAAUCGGAGUGCAUGGAACAGGUGAACCAUAGUUAGUUACGUUGAUUGUUCGUCAUACGAUAGUAAGCAAUUAAUUUUUUGUAUUUGAUUCCGAAUAAUAAUUAAUUUAAUCAGCAAAUUAAAAUGAUUUCGAUGCUAAUUGGCAUGUGUUUGGUUGGAGGAUUAGUGAUUACUGCUGUUCUGGCUGUACUUAUAUAUGGUGUAUGUCUUUGUGUUCAACGAGGAAAGUUGAAGAACAAAGUGCAUCCAGAUAUAUACUGCGAAGUCUACGAUUGAUGGUUCGGAAAAAUAAAAAAAUACCCGAAAAAACCGAAAACUGAAAAAUCGAACAAUUGUUAACCGCCCCGAAUUUUCAAAUCUAUGAUAUAGUUAUUAUUUUUAUUUUUUACGGUCCGAACAUAUUUGUUCGUGUUUGGUUCUCUAUGUAAAAUCGAAUCGAAGUACCGAAUUCGAACCGAAAAUAAAUGUGUUUG